AUGAAGUCAACUAUUAGAAUGAAGGAAGAACAUGUAAGAGAAGUGGAUGCAGCUGUCAAAAGUUUUAAAAAAGAAAUUGUAAAAAUUAAAAGAAUAAGGCGUUUAAUGCGCGAAAAAGGAUUAUAUUAUUAUUAUGCUUCAAAUAUUAGAGGAAGUAAUCAAGCUUGAAUUAAUAAAAUUUUAAAAUGAUUGUCCAAAAAAUCAUAG